AUGCCGCCACUCAAGAAGAAGAAGGCCGCUGCUGACAAGGGUGUACCUAUCGCUGAGUUUUAUCGGGCGACCAGAUCAGGGAGGGUGCGCCCGGAACCUGCUCGGUCCACCGCAUCUGUAAGCAGGGGGAGUGGAUGUCGAACUGGAGCCACAAUGAACGAGGACAGUCAGCGCACCGACACUGUGCAUCUAGAGGAACCCAGUGGCAAUGACGAUUCGGAGGAAGAAGCAUCCAAUCAUGACAACGGAGAAGGGCCAAAUGAGAGCUUGCUGAAGACAGAGUUGGGCGUCGUAACACGUCUGAUGGCCCCGAUAAGGAAGUACUACUGGUCCAAGUUGACUAAAGCAGAUAAGCACCCGUUAUUCAAGAAGCUAGAGGAUGAAUUUGACAUAGACACAGCAGGCGAAGAUGCAAGGAAGAUUAUGGAGAAGAGAAUGAAGAAGCGGUUCAUCAAUUACAAGUAUGCGAUGCAUGCUCACUACUUGAAAGACCCUGAGAAAGCCAGGACAGACCCUCCUGUUGACAUGAAUAUAGAGGACUGGAAUCUGCUGUGUGAUCACUUUGAGAGUGAAAAGUUUCGAAAGCGAAGUGAAAUUAAUAAAGUCAACAAGAGUAAACAAGUGUAUGCACACACUUCUGGUGCAAAAUCUCUUGAUCAAAGAAUAUAUGAAUUGGAGAAGAAGAAGAAGAAGCAGAAGCAGCAGGAGCAGCCUACUGGAGAGGAGCAGCCAACAGAAAUGGAGGACGGUGAGAUCGUAGAGGAGGAGCCACUAGAUCUGCUUCUUUAUGCAAAGAGGUAUCAGAAGACUGACGGUAGUUGGGUAUCGGAGGAACCUAUGAAAAACUAUCUGGAGAUGCAGUCCCUUUGGAUAGAAGCAAAGGCAGAAGGGAAGCCUGUAUCAGGCCACGAGAUUGUUCAGACGGUCCUGAAGAAGAAGCUGAAGUAUGGACCCAAGGAGAACCCAAGAUCAGCAAAGGAGCAACAACUCCAAGCGGAAUUGGAGGCAGCAAGAUCUGAAGCAGAGAGAAAGGCUAAGGAGUUUGAGGAGAAGAUACAAAGUCAAGAAGAGCAGCUAAAAAGCCAGACCGAGAAGAUACAACUCCAGGAAGAAAAGUUACAGAGCCAGGAGGAGAGGUUUGAGACUCAAGAAGAGGUGAUGACCAAAUGA